AUGUCAUGCCUGUGGAAGUUUCUCUCUGUGUUUUUGAUAGCUGUGUAUGGAUGCAAGUGCCAGCAAAAUGAUGAGCAAAAUCAAGCCAUUUUUCUUGCUGGUCCCAUGACCAAUGAACAGGUGAAAGACCUGAAUGUUAAGCGUCCCGAAGGGGCACUGAUUGACACCUUUGACUGCACUCAUCCCAUACCUCCAGGUUCUAGGCAGUACUUUGAGUACCUCCAAGGCAGAGGGGUGACCCACUUCAAAGUGCCGCUGUCAUGGGCUCAGCUUCUACCUACAGGCCUUCCAAGCCAGCCACAACAAACUGUUCUUACCUGCUACCAGACCCUGCUGAAGCAGCUGGUGGAAGUGGGCCUUAAGCCUCUGGUCAUCCUUCAUGGAUCAACAGUACCAGAAGUUUUAAAAUCGAUGUAUGGAGGCUGGGAGAGCCACGAGCUGAUCGAGGUGUUCCAGCAGUAUUCAGAGUUUGCAUUUAGAGAGUUUGGAGAGCUGGCAGACUCCUGGGUGACUCUGAGUCACUUGGAGGAGCUGAAGGAUGCUGAGCUACAAAACGCCCUCGUGGCACACACCAAUAUUUACCACCGUUACCAUCAGCUGUUUCCCAGGGGAGGUAGAGUAUCCAUUGGGGUAAAAGCUAGCAAAGUCCCAAUCAUCUGUGACACUCAACUUCUGAAAAAAAUGGAUUUCCUGUCUAUUAAAAUUCAAUAUGACUGUACCACUGGAGGAAACCUCGCUGAGGAAUUGCAAAGUGUCAUGCAAAAGUGUGAAGAAAAACCCAUUCUUUUUUAUGAGGUGAACAUCAAGGACUGUUCUCCUUAUCAGUUUUUGUCUGAUGACAACAUUUUAAAAGUGCUGAGCAAUGACGAUCAGUAUAUUCUUGGAUUUGACAUGGUGGAUCUGUUGGGUCCAGCUGACAUCAUCUCAAAAAGUCAUUUACAUCAAAGUGAUGCCACCUACAACAGAAACAAUAUUCAAACAUCAUCAUGUUCCAUAACCUACUGCAAAACAUGGAAUAAUUUUGCCACCAUGACCUCAUAUGAACGAGACACCUUCCUGAAUGAGUCCUUUCCUGUUGACUUCCAAUGGGCCACCUCCAGUGAGUCCUUCAAGGUUGAAGGCGGUUGGGCAGAAGGUGGGAAGGGAGAAACCAUUUGGGACCGUUUUGGUCAUGAAAACAAGGUUUUUGAUAAUCAGACAGCUGAUCUAGCUUGUGACAGUUACCACAAGGUGGAUUAUGAUGUCUAUCUCCUGCGAGGUCUUCAUGUCAACACCUUCCAGUUUUCCAUCUCCUGGGCCCGUAUUUUCCCCUCAGGCCACCGGGACAGCCAAUCAGAGAGAGGGGCCGUCUACUACGACAAGCUGAUCGAUGCUCUCAUUGAGUCGGGCAUACAACCUGUUGUCACUCUCUACCACUGGGAUCUACCACAGACACUCGAGGACCAGGGUGGAUGGACCAACACUUCUAUUGUUGAAGCCUUCAAGGAUUAUGCAGACUUUUGCUUCUCCAGGUUUGGAGACAGGGUCAAGACCUGGAACACAUUCAGUAGCCCCUGGGUGGUGAGCCACGCUGGGUAUGGAACUGGUGAGCAUCCCCCUGGUGUAAAGGACUAUGUGGUUGCCUCCUAUCAGGUCACUCACAAUAUUCUCAAGUCCCAUGCUGAGGCCUGGCAUGUCUACAAUGACAAGUACAGGACAAGACAAGGGGGGAAAGUGGGCAUUGCACUGAACUCUGACUGGGCUGAGCCCAUGGACCCCUCCAGACCUGAAGAUAAAGCAGCUGCCGAUCGCUACCUGCAGUUCAUGCUGGGCUGGUUUGCACAUCCUAUAUUUGUAGAUGGAGAUUAUCCUGCAACACUAAAGACUCAGAUUGACCAGAAAAGAAAAGACUGUUCUCAUUCUGCACCUGCCGUCCUCCCAGUUUUCACUGCUGGAGAGAGCCAGAGGAUACGUGGAACAGCCGACUUUUUUGGAUUAAACCACUACACCUCCCGGUUGGUCAACAACAGUAAUGGUGGUUGCACACCUGGUCCUCAUGGGGUGGGUGACUUCAAGGCCCAUGUGGACCCAUCAUGGUCCUCUACAGCUUCUGACUGGAUCUAUUCUACACCUUGGGGACUGAGAAAGCUCCUUAACUACAUUUCCACUGAGUACUUGAAUGUCAACAAAGUGCCAAUUUAUAUAACUGGGAAUGGUAUGCCGACAGAGUACAGUGGAGACACUCUCGAUGACACCAGUAGAAUAGAGUACAUGAGGAGGUACAUCAAUGAAGCACUGAAAGCUAUACAUUUGGAUGGAGUAAAUGUGCAGCGGUUUACUGUCCAAUCACUCAUGGAUGGCUUUGAAGGUCCACAAGGCUACAGUGAAAGAUUUGGAUUGCACCAUGUCAACUUUGAUUCACCAGACAGGCCCAGGACUCCAAAGCAGUCUGCCUACUUUUACUCCCAAGUUAUUGAGAAAAAUGGCUUUUCUUCCAAAAAACAGAAUUUAAAUGUGCAUGGAUUGAGAAAUACAGAGUCAAACAAGUUUUCUUCAAUGCCACCUUCCACGGUCCCAUCCCAAGCCAAGGACGUUUGGAGGAAAUUCUCAAACCAAACCAAUUUUCAGAGAAAAUUGUAUCAUUAUGGCACUUUCCCACAAGGCUUCAGUUGGGGAGUAUCAUCCUCAGCUUACCAGAUUGAAGGUGGCUGGAAUGCUGACGGGAAAGGACUGAGUGUCUGGGACACUUUCACCAAUAAACCUGGCAGUAUCCCUGCUGAUGCCAAUGGAAAUGUGGCCUGUGACAGUUACCACAGACUUGAAGAGGACCUCUACAUGCUGCGAGCUCUGAAGGUGAAGUCAUACAGAUUCUCUUUGUCCUGGUCCAGAAUCUUUCCUGAUGGUCAGCGUACUUCCCUGAACCAGAAAGGAGUUGACUAUUACAAUAGACUCAUUGAUGGCCUGUUAGCGUACAACAUUACCCCCAUGGUAACACUCUACCACUGGGACCUCCCUGAGGCUCUGCAAAAGCUUGGUGGCUGGGACAAUGUUGGUAUGAUUGACAUUUUUAAUGACUUUUGUGACUUCUGCUUUGCCACCUUUGGAGACAAAGUGAAAUUUUGGAUGACCUUCAACCAGCCUCACACUAUUGCAUGGUCGGGAUAUGGACUUGGACAGAUUCCACCAAAUGUUAAGAAGCCAGGAACUGCACCAUACAAAAUUGCACACAACCUGAUAAAAGCACAUGCUAAAGCCUACCACACGUAUGAUAAUAAGUAUCGCAAAUCCCAAGGUGGUCUGGUAUCCAUUGCUCUCAAUGCUGACUGGUUUGAACCUAAAGAUGUCAAUGUUCCCCGUGAAGUAGUGACUGCUGAUCGUGCUCUGCAGUUCCAACUGGGUUGGUUUGCACACCCCAUUUUCAAGAAUGGCGACUAUCCAGAUGCAAUGAAGUGGCAAGUUGGAAACAAAAGUGAACUCCAAAGUCUUUCAGAGUCAAGACUACCUUCCUUUACUGAAGAAGAAAAGAAGUACAUCAAGGGGACUGCUGACAUGUUCUGUGUAAAUCAUUACACUACAAAGAUAGUAAGUCAUGUCACAGCUCAGCUUAAACCUCAGUCAUAUGUAUAUGAUCGGGAUUUGUCAGAAGCAGAGGAAGGUGAUUCCCCAACUACUGACAUCGGCAACCAGAGAGCUGUACCAUGGGGCUUAAGAAGACUACUAAACUGGAUCAAGGAAGAGUAUGGAGAUCCAGAUAUUUACAUUACAGAGAAUGGAGUAGCUACGAACACCAAGACUACAGUUGAUGACACAGUCAGAGUAUUUUACUACAAAACCUACAUCGAUGAAGCUUUAAAGGCUCAUAAUCUUGAUGACGUGAAGGUGAAAGGAUACAUAGCAACAUCUCUCAUGGAUUCUUUUGAGUGGCUUAAUAUGUACAAAGUUGGAUUUGGGCUGCACCAUGUGGACUUUACCAACCCAAACCGACCGAGGACACCCAAACGCUCAGCUCAUUAUUAUUACCACAUCAUGAAGGACAAUGGUUUCCCUUUACCAGAUGAUGAGAAGAUACUUUACAGACAGUUUCCCACAGGUUUUAACUGGAGUACUGCCAGUGCCUCUUACCAGAUUGAGGGGAGCUGGAGAGCCCACGGAAAAGGACUCAGUAUCUGGGACAAGUUUUCCCAUACUCCUUUGAGAGUGGGCAACAAUGACAAUGGCGAUACUGCUUGCGAUAGUUACAACAAAAUUGACGAAGAUGUAGCAGUCCUGAAGAAGCUGAAGGUGACCCAUUAUCGUUUGUCCAUAUCCUGGCCCCGUGUGCUUCCUGAUGGCACCAACAGCCACAUCAAUGAGGCUGGACUGAACUACUACCAUAGAUUACUGGAUGCUUUGUUAGCUGCUAAUAUUCAGCCCCAGGUGACCCUGUACCACUGGGACCUUCCCCUGGCUCUGCAAAAUGUGGGUGGCUGGCAGAAUGAGACCAUUGUCCAAAGAUUCAGAGAUUAUGCUGAUGUUUUAUUCAGCCAAUUUGGAAACAGAGUAAAGUUCUGGAUCACUCUGAAUGAACCCUACAUUGUAGCCAACCUUGGCUACGGAUAUGGUACUUUUGCUCCAGGUAUUAUAGGUAAGCAGUAUAUUGCAGCUCACAACCUGAUCAAGGCCCAUGCUGAGGCCUGGCACCUUUACAAUGACAAAUACCGUGCAACGCAGGGUGGUCUCAUCUCCAUUACCAUCAAUUCUGAUUGGGCGGAGCCACAGAACCCACACAAGCAAGCAGAUGUUGAUGCAACUGAGCGCUACUUACAGUUCUUUCUUGGCUGGUUUGCCCAUCCCAUCUUCAACGGUGAUUAUCCUGACAUAAUGAAAACAAUCGUCCGUGAAAGAAGCCUUGCUGCAGGUCUCCCUCAAUCACGGCUUCCUGAGUUCACUCCUGAGGAAAUUAAGAGGAUCAAAGGGACUCAUGAUUACUUUGGCUUCAAUCAUUACACAUCGGUUCUGUGUUUCCCCGCUGAUCUUGGAAAUCAGCAGGAUUAUGAAGGAGACAAGGGCACUGGAUCCAGCCGGGACUGGUCAUGGAUUGAAUCUGGCUCCUUCUGGCUACGGAUCACUCCAUUUGGAUUUAGGAAACUCCUCAAGUUUAUCAAGGAUGAGUAUGGAAACCCGCCCAUCUAUGUUACAGAGAAUGGGAUCUCAGAACGAGGAGCAGUGGACUUGAAUGACAUCCACAGAACGCACUACUAUGAGAACUACAUUAACCAGGGCCUGAAAGCCCUUGUUCUGGAUGGAGUUGAUCUGAGAGGCUACACAGCCUGGUCAUUAAUGGACAACUUUGAGUGGGCUGCUGGCUUCGCCGAACGAUUUGGACUUUUCUAUGUGAACCGCUCCAACCCCACUCUUCCUCGCAUCGCUAAGAACUCAGCUUCUCGCUAUUCUACCAUCAUCACCUGCAAUGGCUUCCCAGACCCGGCUCUUGGGCCCCAUGAGUGUUUGAAGCCUGAACCUGAAGCUACAAGUUCACCAACUCUGACCACAGAAGUUGGAGGUACAAUUGUCCCUAUUCUGCCUCUGAACAUGGUGGACUUCUUGGGUCUGGAGCUGUCAUCUCAUGACGCUGAGGUGGCACUUUAUGUCAUCUUUGUAUUCCUUCUUGUAAGUGUUCUUGAUUUGAAGUCUCAGGACACAAUCCCACACCUCUUUUGGAUACCUACGCCUCGUCUCCAGGGCGACCUGCCUUCUCAACAGGAUGUACACAUUAACGCACGCCUGACUAUUUGGUGGAAGGAAUCCUGCCACAACACACCACUGAGGUCUCCACCUGUGUCUGGGUGUGAUGAAACCUUGAGAAACAAUUACCCUCUGUCCCUCCUUGGCCUGACGCCUCCACCUGGCAGCACUGACUUGGCUGGGAAGCUCAUGGUGGUCACUACAGCCACCACAGAGGUGCACUGA